AUGGAGACAGCCGACAGAGACGCUCGGCAGCUGAGAGGCAUGGAAAGUGAACAUGUGGGGACUGCAAGUGUUCAUAAGGAAGUGUUAGAGAAGUAUGCUGAAGUGUUCAGUGAAGAACUGGGGACUCUUAAAGACAUUAAAGCCUCUAUCAUUGUCAAGCCUGAGGUGCUCCCCAAGUUUUGCAAACACAGACCCCUCCCAUUUGCUAUGAAGGACAGAGUGGAAAAAGAGCUCAAGAGGCUAGAAGAAGCAAACAUAAUAUCACCUGUUAAGCACAGUGAAUGGGCAGCACCGAUAGUGCCAGUAGAGAAAAGAGACAAGUCACUUCGCCUAUGUGGUGAUUAUAAGGUAUCAGUGAAUCAGGCACUGGAAACAGACACCUACCCCUUGCCACGGUUAGAGGAGCUGUUAGCUACCCUCAGCGGAGGAAAAAUCUUCUCAAAGAUAGAUCUGGCAGCAGCUUACCAGCAAGUGUUACUGGAUGAUGACUCUAAAAAAUACACUACCAUCAACACCCAUAGGGGGCUGUUUGUGUAUAAUAGACUUCCUUUUGGGGUUAGCUCUGCACCCUCUAUCUUUCAGCGUAUCAUGGAAAACCUCAUGAAGGACCUACCAGUGGUGGUUUUCCUGGAUGACCUGCUCAUCAUGGGGCGCUCAGAGAAGGAGCACCUUUACAACCUGCAGAAGGUCCUGCAACGCCUUCAGGAAAACGGCCUAAGAGUGAAGCGCUCAAAGUGUGAGUUUAACAAAACUCAAGUAGAGUACCUAGGCCACAUUUUGGAUGAGCAGGGUAUUCACCCAUCAAAAGAUAAGUCAGAGAGCAGGACACUGACACAGUACACAGACGCCAUGGAGAUCAGCUUCGAGCUCGAGUCAUUACUGGACCUGAGUCAGGCUCUAUGGAAUCACCGGCAGAACGGGCUGAGGGUGAAAAGGGCACAGAGCCUAAAGGAACUGUUGACUUUACCAGGCAGCCCUCAGUGCUUUUAG